GCGCAGCCCCCAGGCGGCUUAGCGGACUCCGGCAACCCAGGCAGCGGCGAUCCUCCUUUGCCCACUCAGACCCGGGGCCCAGCGACUCCUCCCUAGCCCUGCGACGCCGGAUGCGCAUGCUGGGGGACACGGGCUUAGGGUCGCGGCUCCGGGCUGCUUAGAUCGGCGUCCCCGCGGCCGGCGCAGGUGUGGAUGCGGCGCAGCGGCAAUGCCAACUGAGUUCACCUCUGUAAAGCUGAGAAGAGAUUGCUCAAGGACCUCCCUGCAAUGGUACACCCGAACCCAGAACAAGAUGAGAAGACCCAGCUUGUUAUUCAAAGACAUUCUCAAGUGUACAUCGGUUGUGUUUGCAGUGUGGCUCCUGUACAUCCUCAAGGUGAAUUACACUGCUGAGGAAUGUGACAUGAAAAGAAUGCAUUAUGUGGACCCUGACCGCAUAAAGAGAGCUCAAAGAUAUGCUCAGCAAGUCCUACAGAAGGAAUGCCGGCCCAAGUUUGCGAAGAAAGCCAUGGCUCAGUUAUUUGAGCACAGGUACAGCAUGAACUUGGAGCCCUUUGUGCAGAAAGUCCCAAGGGCCAGUGAAGCCGAACUCAAAUAUGACCCUCCUUUUGGAUUCCGGAAGUACUCCAGUAAAGUCCAGAGCCUCUUGGAUUUGCUCCCUGAGCGUGACUUCCCUGAACACUUGAGAGCCAAGCACUGCAGGCGCUGCGUGGUUGUCGGGAACGGAGGCAUCCUUCAUGGACUAGAGCUGGGCCACGCCCUUAACCAGUUUGAUGUGGUUAUAAGGUUAAACAGUGCACCAAUUGAGGGUUAUUCUGAACACGUUGGGAAUAAAACUACCAUAAGGAUGACUUACCCAGAGGGUGCGCCGCUGUCAGACGUGGAAUACUACGGCAAUGACUUGUUUGUCACUGUUUUAUUUAAGAGCGUUGAUUUCAAGUGGCUUCAAGCAAUGUUAAAAAAUGAAACCGUGCCAUUUUGGGUUCGGCUCUUCUUUUGGAAGCAGGUGGCAGAAAAAAUCCCACUCGAAGCAAAACACUUCAGGAUUCUGAACCCAGUUAUCAUCAAGGAAACUGCCUUUGACAUCCUUCAGUACUCAGAGCCUCAGCUGAGGUUCUGGGGCCAAGAUAAGAAUAUCCCCACAAUUGGUGCCAUUGCCAUUGUCUUAGCCACGCAUCUGUGCGAUGAGGUCAGCUUGGCAGGUUUCGGGUAUGACCUCAGCCGCCCCAGGAUUCCUCUGCAUUACUUCGACAGUCAGUGCAUGGGCGCCAUGAACUUUCAGGUCAUGCACAAUGUGACCACAGAGACCAGGUUCCUUCUGAAGUUGAUCAAGGAGGGUGUGGUGAAGGACCUCAGCGGGGGCAUCCAUUGUGAAUUUUGAGCACAGCAAACCUCAGUUAGAAGCACAGCUGAGAACUCUGGUGACCAACCUCCACUUGCGGCCACCGACUCUCGCAGCUGCUGUUUUUAAAUUUUUAACUAAAAAAGAAGAAAAAAAGAACAACAACAAAAGUUUAGCUCCUACCACUUGUUUGCCCUAUUUAUUUGAAGUCAAUGUUGGGUUUUGCACAUUUUUGUAAGUUAAUUUUAAGAACGGGAUUGGAAAGACUUUUCAAAGAGAAUCAUAUUUCUGGGAUGAUACUUUAUUGUAUUUUAAGGAAAUAAUUUAAUUUGCAAAAACUGUACACAUGUUGUCUGCACCGUGAUUGCAGGUGGGAAGACAGGGGCCUCUGUCCCUUUGGUGAUGGCCCUGAGUCUGGAUUCUGCUGCUCUCUUUGGUAGACCUGAUGGCAAAGGGCUCACUCAUCACCACUGGCAGCCACAGGAGGUGGGGGCCACCAGACAAGUCCAUAGCCCCUUUCUCCCAGUCCAUCUUCUUCCAGAAGACUCAUGGCAGUUAACCCGAGCACUGGCCUGGAGGAUGCUGGCCGGAGGCCACUGUUUGCUGAGUGCCGAGAUGUUGCCUUGGACUACAGAAGCUGUGUCUAUCCCACACUGUCAGGACACUUUUAAACUUGCAGAGAAUUUUUUUUUCUGCCCUUUCAAAGCACUAAGUGUUACUAAGACACUGCUGUUUGUCUGAGGUGGCACAUCAAAAUCAUGACAAAACCUCAGUUAUCCAGAGCCGUGGGGAAAUGAGCCUCCCAGGGAUCAUCGUGUUUCUGAAGCACUGGAAUGAACCCCCCCCCCCCCCCCUAUUGUUAUAACUUACUUAUUUAAAGAAAAAAGAAAGAAAGAAAAGAAAAAAGGAAAGAUUUCCAAAUGCCUGACUGUGUAUACCGAGUAAUGUCAAAGAAAGAAAGAAGAAUAAAAGCUAUUGAGGAA